UCCGGUUGUCGUUGGAGCUACAAGCAUGUAACACAUUCUCACUGAGACAGAGGAAUCAAAAGCUUAAAGUUAUAACAAAUCCUAACUAUUUUAAUGUUUAUACAUGGCUACCCAACAUUUAUAGCGGUUUUUAUUUCCCUUGAAAUGCAUUUGAGGAGCUCUCAGGCCAGUUUGAUGUCACGACAACUGUCGGACAGAAGCCGAAGCGUGCAUUCUGCCGGCAUCGCGGAAGUUCACGAAGUCCCAUUUCACGUAAUAAUACGACCGAUUCCAUCUGUUCUAGACGAAGACAAAGUAUUGUCCCUAGUUGAAACACUCAAGGGUUCCAACACAAAAUUCCUAGUUCCUCCUAUUGAUGUUCUGUGGAUCAAGGGACGUCUUGGAGGAGAUUACUUCUAUUCUUUUGGUGGCUGUCAUAGGUAUGAAGCAUACAGAAGGCUUGGUGUGCCAUCAAUUCCAUGCAAGGUCAUUCCUUCUACUGUUGAGAAUUUGAGAGUCUACUUGGGUUCAUCAAUCCCAGAUCUCAAGUAACAGCAACAUAAUCUUUAGAAUACAUUAUCCCUACAAUUAAUAGACUAAAGAAAAAAACAGGAAACAAAGUGGAUCUAAAUCUGAGGGGAAAACCAUGAUGUGAUACUGACCUUCCCAAUAGGGAGACGGAGCCAUAGCAGGUGGUAGGGCACUGGGGGCACAUGCCCCAAAAAUAUUUCAAAAAUUAUAUGUAAAUGACCAGUAAGGGCAUGCCCCCAAACUGUCUUCUUAGUAAUUCUGCCCCCCCCCCCCCCAAUAAUUUGAGGCCUGUUACGGCUAUGGGAGGUGCCACCCCAGAAGUGUUAUGGUGGUAAGGUAAUACCUAUUUUCAUAUACUAUAAUCAGAUCUGCUAGUCCUAUAUAAAAGGCUUUUACCAAGAGAUUGGUUAAAUAUCUCAAGGACCCUUAAAAUGCUGAGGAGUGUAUGGCUCAAGGGGAGGGGUACUGGUGAAUACUGUAGUGGAAGCAUGAGGAGAAAUGUAUGGGACCAAGGGGAGGGGUACAGUUGAGUAGUAGAAGUAAGAGGGGGAAUGUAUUGAGCCAAGGGGAGGGAUACAGGUAGAGACUGUAGUGAAAGGAAGAGGAGGAAUGUAUGUGGCGAAGGGGAGGGGUACAGGUAAAUAGUAGAAGCAAGGGGAGGAAUGUAUGGGGCCAAGGGGAGGGAUACCUACCUGGUUACCACUGUAAUGUCCUGUAUUUUACAAUGCAACUUGGGAAAAAAAUGCUUCGUGAAAAGGUGAUGUUAGAACAAGCAGGGACAAGGGGAACAAUUACUGUAAUCAAGCACAUUGUUUUUAUAAAGUAUUCAGAUGAAAGGUUCCACUGUAAAAAAAGGUAUUUCUAAUACCUUUUAUAAAUAAAUAUUUGUAUUGUCAAAGACAAUUGUAAUAAUUAUUGAUGUGAUUCAAAUCUUUUUGCAUAGAAUGGUUUUUAAUAACCCGUGAACUACACUUUAGGGUAUUACACCUCAUUUGUUAUCUAAAAAUGUCUGUAUGUAUGUAUAGUUUUUUUUGUUUUUCUAAUAAAUUUAGAAUUAUUGCUUUUAGAAUAAUUGCAGUGUUUUGCAAAAUAGUUCCAUUUCAUUAUUUUCAUGUGCAACAAUAAAGUUUACCAAGUUCAGGUACUGAUGCAGAAAAUAAUCUGACCUCAAUCCCCCUUUCUUUUGUUUAAAAGAAAUAUUGAUCUAUUUAUAAUGCUUACAAAUUCUCUGAAAACAUCUGGUAAAUUGAACACCUGUUCCACUCAUCAGUUUUAAAUUAAUACUGGUUACUCUAUUUUAUUUAUGGUGUGCAAAUAAACAAAUUUUGUUUGAAA